AAUGCUCAGUUUAUUCUUGAGCGCCGAACAUUGAAAACGGUCGCGAUUUCAGCUCUCCAACAUUCAGCAAAACACCCGAGAAAUCCCACUGUCCAGAGUGCGGAUGUCGGACCAGUGAAAUCAUAGUGAAAUAUGCACAAGUUGCUCGCGAUGUGAUUCAAUUCUGCGGUGGAAAAGUUCAACAAAGAACAACCUAUCGCGAUUAGUGACUAUUUAUCACUAAUUAUCCUGCAAUUACUACCCAUUUGUUUGUUUUAAACGUGAAGUUGCAAUUGACAGAGGGAGAAAAACAGUGUCACUGCGAAGAAGUGUUGCGAGGAAAAGACAGCAUUUCUGCAUUAAAAAUAUCACGCGCUCGCGAGUGGAGACGUGGAAAUACCUCAAAACCAUCGAGAGGCAGUUAAUCGGAGAUGACGAAGAUCAUGGAUGAGCGCCGGCCGCCGGAGUCGCCGGGCGACUUGGCGUGGACGAAGCUGCUGGACGACAGCAACACGCCAGGAGCGGUGAUCGUGAAGAUCGACGACAGCCAGAAGGAGAGCCCCACAUCCUCGGACCCUCCGCAGAUCGGCGGCCGCAGGCAGUCCAUCCUGGGCGCCUUCCAGCGCCAAAUCCGGCUCUCGCUGAAAGCCGUGAGCGACUCUCCAGGACCGAUCACAAGAUAUCGUCAGACACGAUUCUCAUCGAGACGCGUGAGGAAACGUGUAAUUUUCAAGCACGGGGACUGCAAUGUCGUCCAGGGGAAUGUGGCCAAGCGUAGACGUCGAUACAUGCAGGAUAUUUUCACCACGCUCGUGGAUGCCCAGUGGAGGUGGACGCUGCUGGUGUUUGCGCUGAGCUUUCUGCUGUCUUGGACGGCUUUCGGGAUUAUCUGGUGGCUGAUAGCAUACACACACGGCGACCUGGAUCAUCUGGAGCCGCAAGAUCCGAAUGUGCAGCUCAUUCACAACAAAUCCACGAAUCCGUGUGUCACAGAAAUCUACGGCUUCACCAGCUGCUUCCUCUUCUCCGUGGAGACGCAGCACACCAUCGGCUAUGGGAAUCGCUACAUCACCGAGGAGUGUCCCGAAGCCAUCUUCAUCAUGUGCCUGCAGAGUAUUAUGGGUGUCUUCAUACAGGCAUUUAUGGUUGGAAUAGUGUUCGCCAAGCUGUCCCGACCCAAGAAACGUGCACAGACGCUUCUCUUCUCGCGAAAUGCCGUCAUUUGCCAUCGCGACGGCGUGCCCUGUCUCAUGUUCCGUGUCGGCGACAUGAGAAAGAGCCACAUCAUCGAGGCACAUGUCAGGGCACAGAUUAUCAGGAAGAAGGUGACCAAAGAGAACGAGGUGCUUCCAUUCUACCAGCAAGAGAUGCUGGUGGGCGCUGAUGGGCGCGAGGAUCGCCUGAUGUUCAUCUGGCCCACGACAAUCGUGCACAGGAUCGACAAGCACAGUCCCCUGUACGCCCUGUCGGCGCAGGAUAUGCUGAAGGAGCGCUUCGAAAUCGUCGUGAUGCUCGAGGGUGUGGUGGAGUCAACGGGCAUGACCACCCAGGCCAGGAGCAGUUACCUCCCGUCGGAGAUUCUCUGGGGGCAUCGCUUCGAGCACGUGGUCGCCUUCCGCAAGGAGACGGGAGAGUAUGAGGUGGAUUACACGCUCUUCAACAACACCUACGAGGUGGAUACACCCCUGUGCAGUGCCAAGCAGCUCGAUGAACUGCGUGCAGAGUUGAACACACCAAAUGGCUUAGAGCGCCUCUGUUCGUCGGGCCUCCUGCCGCGCGUAUCAUCCGCAGCGUCCCUGGAUCCAGCCAGUGAGGAGUCCGGCGACUCCGGUCGCCUGCAGAUACGCUCGUGCUCUGUGCCAAACGGAAUCCCCAUCACGGACCACCAUCAGAUGAAUGGGCAGAAGAAGACAACGUCCGGACGGCGACUGUCCGUGAAGCAGGAGGCGGUUCCUGUGGAUUCAAUGUGCUGAUAUUUGCUCAAUACCUUAGGUGUAAGAUUAAAGCCAAUUUUCCAGCCAGGUGGUGACUCAGUGUGAAUUUCCUUCGCGAGAGAAACGUUAGUGCUUUAUACACUUUUCUCUCUAAGAACAAUUAAUGUGAUUCAAUCUGAAAGAAUUUACUACGAUAGGGAUUUGCUAGCCAAUUUCAUAUACUCGCACGCAAUGAGGAAUCUCAAGAAGGUGUCGAAGACAGUGCUAGAGAGGAAGUUAUACCUAAAUUGAUAUAUGUAUGUAUCUAUUCCAUAGGAAGAGAAGGUGUUAGAGAACAGAGAGAGAAACGUAUGUGAAGAGUUUAACAUUAUACCGUA